AUGAUUAUUUUAGAUCUUGACAUGGAUUGUCUUUCCAUUCUUUCUAGAUUUCUCUCAUUGAACGACCUGUAUCAUUUUGCUUUGACUCAUUCCGUCUUUGAUCAAGUGGUAGUAGACAUGGAGAACUGUUCAAUUUUUUGGCUCGAAAAAUACAGAGGUUUCCUUCGUGAUAAAAUCGAUGAAUAUGAAUGGGCAAUAGGUGAAUCUAUGGACAUGGAAAAUGAUUUAUUGGAUCACAAUUACUAUUACUCUCACAUUGGAUAUCUUCACAGAGCACGAAGACCUGUUAUUCCAUCAUUGUUUUAUAAAUCUCUUCAACAUCGAGUUUUAAGAAUUAAGGAAAAACUCGAACACUUACAGGAAGAAUAUUUCUAUGAAGGCUGUCAAUUACGUUAUGAACGAUUUACAAGAGACAGCAUGAAAAACGUGGUAGCAUACGAAUUCUAUGACAUUAGUAACAAAUUGCUGAACUAUAUUUCAGAAAACCUCAUUUUCCCACAUAGCAUGAUACAGGUCAAGAAGUUCUGGCUGUUCCCUUCAAUUGAAUCCCCAACAAACACCCACGUUUUUAACAUUCGCACGGUGUUGAGUCAAGUUGAGUACAGUGUUGUAUUUGUCAUUGAAAAAUUCCAUCUCUUUUGCACGAAUCCGACCUUUCAACAUCAUUUGAAACGAUUAAUGCGAGAAAGAGGAGUAUUUCAGUUCAUGGCCUUCAUUUCCAGGAGUGAUUUAUUAGAUUUAAAUCAAAGCAUUAAUUGGGACGUGUUACAUGACAGAUAUUCGUCCUUUAUGAAAUAUUUUGAGCCAAAUGGUGUAGGCGUAAAGCAUUUUCCACACCAGACCUCGUAUCAUCUGUCCAAGCUGAGGAAUCAAUACGGCACAUUUCUAAUGAAAAAGGGACUGACACGAGAGAACAACAACAACAUUGCUGUGAAGGAGAACACGCUGUGA